AAUUGUGUGGACAAAAGAAUUCUGGUUUAUAUGCAACCCCUCUCUUUCAACUCUCCCCACAUCAACAACAACAACACUCUUUGCUUCAACUCCAACCUCAAUCCACUACUCCUCUAUGGCGGCAGGACUCACCGCCGCCACAACCUUAAACCCCUCCAGUCUUCUCCAAACCUCAACCCUUUUCCCUAAGCUAACCCCAACAUUGUUCUUCACCCCCUUAACCUUAAGAACUUCCCAUCACAGAACAGUCCUUCAAACCCGGAGAAGAAUCAGGGGCUUCACCGUGUGUAUCCUUACAGAGGGUCCAAAACCAGGCAUACAGAUCAAAACAGAGGAAGAAGAGGAACCACCUCCCAACAUAGUGAUUCCUCAAAUCAUGUCAGCACGUGUGGCAGAGAAAUUGGCAAGAAAAAAGUCAGAGAGGUUUACUUACCUUGUUGCAGCUGUUAUGUCUAGCCUUGGUGUCACUUCUAUGGCUAUCUUGGCAGUUUACUAUAGAUUCUCAUGGCAAAUGGAGGGUGGACAAAUUCCUAUGUCUGAAAUGUUUGGCACAUUUGCCUUAUCAGUGGGAGCUGCAGUGGGCAUGGAGUUUUGGGCUAGAUGGGCUCACAAAGCUCUCUGGCAUGCUUCCUUGUGGCACAUGCAUGAAUCACACCAUCGACCAAGAGAAGGACCGUUCGAGCUGAACGAUGUUUUUGCUAUAAUCAACGCUGUUCCUGCCAUUGCUCUUCUCUCCUAUGGUUUUUUUCACAAGGGAUUGGUUCCUGGACUCUGUUUUGGUGCUGGUCUAGGAAUCACAGUGUUUGGGAUCGCCUAUAUGUUUGUCCAUGAUGGAUUGGUCCAUAAGAGAUUCCCUGUGGGUCCCAUUGCCAACGUGCCCUACUUCAGAAGAGUUGCUUCUGCUCAUCAACUACACCAUUCGGACAAAUUCAACGGGGUGCCAUAUGGGCUGUUUUUGGGACCAAUGGAACUUGAAGAAGUAGGAGGGCUAGAAGAGCUAGAGAAGGAAAUAAGUAGGAGAAAAAAAUCAUAUACUGGUUCAUGAGAAACUGACUAGCAUUAAAUUUAAAGGUGUCUGAAAGAAUGUGUGUAGAGAACUAUACAACAAAUGAAUGAAAUGAUUUGAUUCUUUUUUGCGCUUA